AAUCUCAUUCCGUCGAAUGUUCAUGCUCUUGCCCUCUGUCCUUCAUCUUUUUCCUUUUAAUUAAUGGAAUUGAUGGAGAAAUGGGAACAAAGACUCCAGUUGUAUGCCCACAAUGUGGAAUCCCGGAUUACCUAUCAUUGGAAACCCAAAGAAAACCAAAACCCUCUAUCUCCGUUGUUUUCACGUUGAACCGUACCGUAUAAUGUCUUAUUCAUUGGCGUACAGGAUCAUCUAGAAGAAGAGCGAGAUCGACGCCUAACGGGCGCGAUCAAAUGUCACCAGGCUCCAACCGGGUUUGACGGAAGUCUUCGUUACCAAAGCCUCUGAGCCUUGAGUGCAUGUGGAUUCGGAUUCGUCCGGUUACACCGGCCAUAACAAGAGUCAAGUGGCGAUUCUCGAUACGAUUAAUCCGAAUGAACGAGAUAAAUGAAAUUCUAAACCUUUAUAAAUAAAUCGUCUCACUCCGAGCAACAAUCCGGAACUUUAAUUGGUGCCUGAUAUAAAACCUGUCAAAUCUACCUAUUCAAUUCGGCUUCCACGUACAUCACAUUCCAUUAGGUAUGAAAAGAGAGAUACCCUAUUAUGGUAUAGUCUCAUAGCCGUUCCUCAAAUAUGUCUGCUGAAGAAUCACAUCCUGCUUCACGGAGCCAAGGUCGUCUGGUAACAGAUCCGGAUACCCAUAGCGUACAUUCAAAGCACGAUGCUGCUCAGAAUCCACUCACCUUAACCGAGGCACUGAGGGCUGCACAUCGUACGCCAGAUACUCCGUCAGAUAGCAACAGCGAUUCUGGAAUUGAAUCUACAGAUGCACAUCCUCACUCAAUUUUAUUACGACGCAGAUCAGGAUCCGACUCGUAUGAUAAUUCAGCCUCGGAUACUCCUGAGAUUUUGCACUUAGACAGGCCAGGCCUAGGCGAGAAAUCAAGCCCUGACCAGUUUCUUCAUGGCGUGUCUAGAUAUACUUCAACAAGCAAGGGGAGGAAGACGUACGUGGUGGCUAGUGACGACGCAGAACUUCGUGAGAUUUUAAGAAGGGGUUUAGAGAGAGAGAAAGAAAAGGAAUCACCAAAACGACGCGAGAAGCUACGAGACAUGGUGUUCACUAGACAGUUCUCUGCAUUUGAUAGACAGAACCAAGCAACAGCAAAUAGCCCGUUUCAAGGCUUCUAUGUCCUUUUCUGGAUUUCGGUGUUUUUCCUGAUCGUCAAGAUGGCAGCGGAUAAUUGGAGGAAGACCGGAAAUCCGCUCGGUACCAAUGAAAUUAUGAAGACCAUGUUUAGAAGAGAUGUCAUCGUACUUUUGCUCUCCGACGGAAUUAUGUGUGCUCUGACGGGGGUGAGUUGGGUUAUUCAGCGCCUAGUUUUCCUCAACUAUAUCAGCUGGAAAAGGUCCGGUUGGAUACUGCAGAACGUCUGGCAGACACUGUUUAUCGCAAGUGUAGUUGGUCUUACUCUUGUGAGAGAUUGGCCGUGGACACAUACCGUUUUCUUCGUUCUUCAUGGCCUGGUAAUGCUGAUGAAGCAACAUUCCUACGCAUUUUAUAACGGCCAUCUUUCAUCCGUCUACAGGCAACGUGAGAGCCUACUUCUUAAGCUAAAACAGCUGGAGAACGUGUCGCCCGUAACAUCACCAUCGCAGACGAACCCACGAGCCUCAGCUGUCUCCACAUCACAUCUUGCUCUUCCGCCGUCAGCAGAUGAAUACCACGAGAGGCGACUUUCAUUGUCGAAGUUUGGAUCUACUGACCAAGAUGACAUGGAGCGCAUUUCCCGCGCCAUUGAAGCAGCAGAGCCACUUGACAUAGAACAGCUCCACGUGUUUGAAAGGCUCAUCAAGUGGGAAGUUGAUGCCCUUGCGGACGAACUCAGGGGUAAAGCGACAGAUCCCACGCAUUACUACCCAAACAACCUUGCCUUCUGGAACCACUACGAAUAUAUCGCACUACCCACUGUCGUCUACGAAUUACAGUAUCCCAGGUCUGAUAGCAUUAACUGGUAUUAUGUGGCCGAGAAAGCUUGUGCUCUUGUCGGUGUUAUAUUCGUCAUGAUUAUGGUCUCCCAAGCUUUUAUCUAUCCUGUUGUAAUGAGGGCGAUCGGCAUGAAGGAGAUGGGAUGGUCAACUGCUCAGAGAUUCCGCGAAUUCCCGUGGCUACUGAGCGAUCUCGUCUUUCCUUUUAUGAUGGAGUACAUGUUAGCUUGGUAUCUCAUUUGGGAGACAGUUCUCAACAUUCUUGCAGAACUUACGUGCUUUGCGGAUCGAAGCUUCUAUGAUGCAUGGUGGAAUAGCGUCUCAUGGGAUCAGUACGCUCGCGACUGGAAUCGACCAGUCCACACCUUCCUCUUGCGGCAUGUGUAUCACAGCUCGAUCUCUUCCAUGCGUGCAAAUAAGCACACGGCGACGCUUAUCACCUUCUUCCUCUCAGCUUGCGUCCACGAGCUCGUCAUGUGGUGCAUAUUCAAGAAGCUGCGCGGCUACCUACUUAUUCUCCAAAUGUUCCAGCUCCCACUUGUGCGGCUCAGCCGAACCAAGUGGCUUCGCGGCCAGGCAACUAUUGGCAAUAUCAUAUUCUGGGUCGGUAUCUUCACGGGGCCGAGUUUGCUAUGUAGCUUGUAUUUGAUUCUCUGAAAAUGAUUAUCGGAUGAAGGGGGGGAGUGCUUGGGGCGCUUUAGGUUAUCCAGAUAGAGAGGAAAGGCAACUAACUACCUAAGGUAACUAAGUGAAUGAAUGAGUGAGGUAACUAAGAUGUUUUCUGAAGAGCAAGUUUUGAGGCUUUGGAGUUUAAGGCGUUGCUUGUUAUAAAGAUGAACUAUGUGAUGAAUACCUAGGGGUGUGGUGAAUAUUGAUUAGGUAUCUUGUAAAUCAUCAUUAAUUUAGAGCUCUAUCGUAGCUGAUACCUUUUUUAAUAUUCAUUUGAAUUACUCCAUGAAUUACACUCCAUGAUUGACUGGUGGUGGAAUAUACGCGUGAUGAGCA